CAAAAUAUUAUGCAAGCAUCGAACAUUUUUGUGUGAAAAUUAAACAAAUUUCGUGAUUAAACGUUGCAAUUGUCUGGCAAAAAUGUAUCGUCUGCUGAGCGCCAAUGGUGCGACAGCCAUGCAACGAGUACUGCGGCUGCCUGCCUCAACAGGCGGCUGCGGCUGCAGCUGCAGGGGUGGCAGCGAAAGCAGCGCUGCGCAUAAUUUAACACAAUAUCAGCAAUAUUAUCAAAUGCUCUAUCGCCCGGCAAGUGAGUAGCUGCAAUAACAAGCAAUAAACAGCGAAAUAUUAAUGAAAAUAUAUCUGGUAGCAAUAACAACAACUGUCGUACGCCUACAAUCGACCACGCCCACACAAACAGAUGCCCUAGCGCUGGCGAAAAAGAAACGUUUGCGCAAACCGCGUUACGCCAAAUAUGUGGAGCUGCUAGAGGUCACCGAACUCACAGCCAAUGAGCGUAAGUCACGCGUUAAGCGUUUAAAAUCGAAGAAACUAGCCGAAUUCAUAUAUAAAACCCAAUUGCAAAUCUUGGAUAAACGCGAACGAGACGACCGGCGCGCUCAAAAGAAGGUUAAAGCGGGCAGCGAAGAGGCCGUACUGCGACAGCCGGCAGAGUAUCAAAAGAUCGACUUGGAUGCAGCCGCUAGCUCCAUACUUGAAGCGGGUCUCUACGAUGAUAAGCCACUGAUAUUCUUUGGCAAGGAGACGUACACCAAACAGAUCAUAUCCAAUCCAUCGGAAGUGCAUAAGAUUAUUAAAAGCUUUCAGAAUUAUCGCGACAUCAUUGAGGGCAUGGAGAACGAUGGACAGGAGCACGUCGAGGCAGACUUAGCGAGCUUUGGUUUAAAUGUGCCCAAGCACGUGUCUGCAAACAUGGAACUGUUGGAUCCCUUUGAGGCAAUUGAACCCUACAUUGAGGAAUCCCCUAAGUCAGUUGCCCCAGCCGACAGCCACCUCAAGACUAAUGCCGUUAUAGCCAAAUCUAAGAAACGCUUCAAGUCCAAGGUGCACAUCUCAGAGGAGCAGGAGCGUCAGGCCAAGCAACGUGCGCUUAUCAUUAACUUAACUACAUAUCUGAAUGUUUGCGUCUCGGCAAACAUGCUAAACCGUGCCCUCUCUACAAUCAUCGCUUAUCGCAGUCGCGCCAAGAAGAGUAAUCUAACCAAACCCGGCACGAACCUAAUCACCAUUGAUCUGUACAAUAUUUUGUUACAUGGUUAUGCGGGCAGGGGUUCCUUCGAGCGCUGUCAGGAGCUAUUUAAACUGAUUCAGGAGGAUGGCCUUCCGUUUAGCGAACAAACGUAUGCGGCCAUCUUUGAGUGCCUGGGUCGAGUUGAGCCAAAUGCACAAAAUCAAGAGUUUAUUGAGCAAUACAUAGAGCAGGCAGAGCAGCAGGGUUUUAGCCUUAAUCAAAUAAUGGAUCGCUCCAAAUUUAUAUCGGAUCAGCGUGACAUAGCGCUGGACGCCAUAAGGAGAGUGCGUCCAAAGUUUACACCUGUUUAUAUGCCGCCCCAGCUGGGAUACGAUAAUGAGCUGCUCAAUGAUCUCAAUGCGCAGGUGCAGCCCGUAGGCGCAGAGGCUGCAUCUGAAGCACCGGAGGACUCUAUCAUCAUGCGGUCAAAGCGUGGUUACAGUAAAACUCAACUGGAGCAACUGGCACGCGAACAACUGCAAAUUGAAUUGGACGGUUGUAUAACUAUCAAAUCUAUUGAAAAAACCAAGGAGUUUGCUAAUGCUGAAUAUUGCCGUACUAAGUUGAAAGAGUUGGAGCAGAACUGGCGCAAACAAAUCUCUACAGCUAUUAUGCGUGAUCUGAACACGUUGCGUGCUCAAGUGCGUUUCAAGCCGCACGGCUACAUGAACUACUAUACGUACCUUAAGGUCCUCGACACACAUCACUAUGCGGACAUACUCAUUAAAGAGUUGUACAAGCUGGCCGAGGGAUCCGAAACUUUUAGUCCUACGGUGGGUCAACUGUUCAAGGAACUUGGUCAGAAGGUGCAGCAAUGCUAUCAAAUCGAAUUGAAGAAACAUAAUGGAACGCUUGAAAAGAUUGGAGAGAUUUAUAGCGACUAUUGCGAUCUGUGGGCUAGCGGAUAUACGGAGGAUAAUACGCGACAAAUGUGGCAACGUUUGGUGCACGCACAGCGACACAGCGGACCGUCUAUGGAUUUGCCCGAGGUACCAUGGCCUAACAAUGUGCUCUCCGGCGUGGGUCGUUUCCUCUACAACAUACUUAUGCGCGACAUUAAGAUCGAUGCGCAUAUCAUGCGCCAGAGGAGCAACAAAUCGAAGACAAGUGCGACGACAAUGCAACAGAAUUUACUGCCGGCUUUCUAUACGCUGUUCCGCAAUCAGGGUCGGCUCGUCAAGGAGGAAGUGAAGCCGCAUCCAGUACUGUCACGUCUAUUGCGCGCCUCGCGCCAACAGACGCUCACCUUUGACUCGAAUCUGGUGCCCAUGUUGUGUCCACCACAACCGUGGAGUACGCCGCAUAAUGGUGGUUACUUGUUGAACAAAUCGGAGUUGAUACGUCUGCCCCAUCAGGCUGUGCAACAGUGGGAACGCAUACAUGCCUCCAAUCCCCAGCAUCUUUAUCCAGCGCUCGAUUCACUCAAUCAGUUGGCCAGCGUACCGUGGCGUGUCAAUACACAGCUACUCGAUGUGAUCAUUAAGGUAUUCCAGAAUGGUGGAGAUGCCAAGCUGGAUGUGCCUCAGCCACCGAGCUCAUUGCCGCCUCUGCCUACACUGCCAGUGGGCGAGGAUGGAAGUGGCGUUUCGCCAGCGGACCGUGCCAAACAGUUUCGGGAAAAGCUUGGUCAUCGACGCAAGCAGGCCGAAAUGUACAGCUUGUGGUGUGAUGCUCUCUAUCGCUUGUCGCUGGCACAGCAUUACCGCGACAAGGUGUUCUGGCUGCCACACAACAUGGACUUUCGUGGACGUGUUUAUCCUGUGCCCCCACAUCUAAAUCAUUUGGGUUCAGAUCUGGCACGUUCGAUGCUUAUCUUUGAUCAAGCUCAGCCGCUGGGCGUGGAUGGUUUUAGCUGGCUAAAGCUGCACUGCAUCAAUUUGACGGGCCUUAAAAAGCGUGAUUCAGUGCGCGAGCGUCUGCUUUACGCUGAGGAAAUAAUGCCAGACAUUUUGGACUCAGCCGAUAAUCCACUCACGGGUCGCAUGUGGUGGUCCAAGUCGGAUGAGCCAUGGCAAACACUCGCCUGUUGCAUGGAAAUUGCCAACGUACAACGUUCUCCCGAUCCUGCCGCCUAUAUGAGUCGCUUUCCCAUACAUCAGGAUGGCUCCUGUAAUGGGCUGCAGCAUUACGCAGCGCUGGGUCGUGAUCAGGCGGGUGCAUGCAGUGUUAAUCUGGCCCCCUCGGCGAUACCACAGGAUGUGUACAGUGCAGUGGCAGCUCUCGUAGAGCGCACUCGGAAAGCAGAUGCGGAAACCGGAUUGCAUGUUGCGCAAGCUCUGGAGGGCUUCGUGCGACGCAAGGUCAUCAAGCAGACGGUGAUGACCACCGUUUACGGCGUAACACGCUAUGGUGCACGGCUGCAGAUAGCGCGUCAGCUGAAGGACAUCGAUGACUUUCCCAAGGAUUGGGUGUGGCCCGCCUCCACAUAUUUGACCACUAAGACCUUUGAAAGUCUGCGCGAAAUGUUCACCUCAACGCGUGAGAUUCAAGACUGGUUCACGGAGUGCGCGCGACUGAUAGCUGGUGUUUGUAGUAAAAAUGUUGAGUGGGUCACACCACUGGGUCUGCCUGUCGUACAGCCCUACAAUCGUCAGGAGAUGAAGCAUCCUGAGAGCAAAGGGCUGCGCGUGAAUGCCAACAUGUCGAUGGAUAUGUUCGAACGACCCAAUAUUCUUAAACAAAAGAACGCCUUUCCGCCUAAUUUCAUUCACUCGCUGGACUCGUCGCACAUGAUGCUCACCUCACUGCAUUGCGAGCGAAAAGGUAUUACUUUUGUCUCCGUGCACGAUUGUUUUUGGACCCACGCUUGCACUGUUCCGGAAUUGAAUCGCGCCUGCCGUCAACAAUUUGUCGCGCUCCACUCGCAGCCAAUACUUGAACAGCUUUCGGAGUUCAUGAAGCACACCUACAGUUUCAGCAGCGCUGACUUGACAAACGAUGGCUCUGUGGAGGAUUUGUCUAAGCGUCAACUGAAUCGUAUUCUUCGUCAACUGCCACAGAAAGGGGACUUCGAUCUACGUAAUGUUUUGGACUCGGUCUACUUUUUCAGCUAGUUCGUCGAACUAUGACAAUGGUGCCUAAUUACUAUUAAUUUAGUCAUUUACUUUAAGUCUAAGUUUUGCUAGAUGUGUCCAACAAUUCGAAAGCUUUUAAUACCAAAAGAAAAAAUUACUUAAAAACAAAGACCAGUCAGUGCAGUAAAUGUGAUUUUGUAAGAGUUUACAGACAAAACAUAUAUCUAAUAUUAUAUUAUAUUAAAUGCCUAUUUAUGUAUUUACGACAAU